CUUUGUAUGAGAUAUACAAACGUACACAAAGUCACAAACCCAAUAGAAAAUAAGCGAUUAACAUUGUGAUUUUGGACCACUACAUUAAACAAAUCAGCUUAUGGUUUCGAUCUACUUAUUGAACAGGAUAGGUUCAAAUAAUAUUGACACAUUUGACAUAACCAUAUAAUAAUCCGACUAAUCAAUAUUUACCCUAAUGUUAAAUAUAUGGGUUUACAAUCAUACUAUUUACUCACAUAUUUACGCAUCAAUUUUUUAUUUUAUUUUUUUAUGAGGAAAAAAGUAAUAUCAAUUAAUUAAAUUUCUGGAAAACAGGUCCAGAGGAGGAUUCGCCAAAUCAGAGCAUAAUUCCAGUGAGUCUCCAAAUCAGAGGAGGAUUCGCCAAAACGAGCUAGGGCAUGUGCUUCAGAGUUAUCAUGCCGGUUGAUCCAGUGAAAACCCUGAACACGAAGAGACUGGGCAAGAGAAAAAGAUGUCUUCCAGAAUUCCCAAUGACUACAACAUCUUGGAGAUUGAGGGAACGACAAAGCACUAAAGCUUCUCGAAGCGAAAGGCAUUCGGCUUCAUCAGAGUCAGUUAUACCUGGGAAGUUCUUUGAUAGUGCAUGCAUAAAAGAACCUGCAGGGGAUUCGAUCAAGACUCCACCACCAGCACAAAGUCAUGAGACAGAGGUCGCACCAUCAAAGAAUACUUUUGAAAACCCCUCAGGAGGAGGCACCAUUAAGGUGAAAGAUACAAGAGCAGCGGCAUUCCUUUCUGGAUUAUUAGAUGAUUUAGCAAAAUCAGCUAUAGUGCGACUAGCGCAUAAGACAGCAGCCCAAGUAGUAGAAGUUUUGUGAUCAAUUGGUUUAAUAAUCAUACUGAGGUUGAGAGUUUCAAUGCACAUUUAUUGACACUAGAAUUUCAGAUCUUAAAGACAUCGUAAUUUUGUUCUUGCUCAAGCUAUUUCAAGUUGAUUCCUUAUGACAAUAUUCAAUUGGUUUUAUGGUCAUCUUACGGGCGGGCAAUAUUCUCAAGAUUCAAGAUUUGCUCAAGAAACAUGACAGAUUCACCUAAAGCACUUCGUUCUGGAAGGUUGUAUCCUUCUGCAAGAUGCACAUCCCAGUAAAAUGAUUAGAGCAAGUUGAUACGUCAAGCGGACAAAAUAUUUGCCCGCAUAUCUAAUUUCUAAUUCAACAGAAAACUCUCAUCCACUCUUUAGUCCUUUCUCCAGAUUCAUACGACUGUUUCUCCUAAACUUAUGCUAGAAAAUCAAAAAAACCACCCAGAUUUCUCAAAAUCUUCAUAACAUCUUGGAGUAAAAUGUCCAAAUGGUACCUUACAUUUAGGCCUACUUGAAUUUACGUCCCUAACAUUAACAUUUCAAUAUCAUAGUCCCAAACAUUAUGUUUUCAAACUUUUUUGGUUCCAUUUCACUGUUUUCGGCCGUUGACAUGCCGUAAUCAGGGGUAUUUUUAUCUUUUAAUAUAAUUUAAAUUUUUAUUAAAAUUUAAAUUAUGAUAAAUAUUUUAAAAUUCAGAUUUCAUUAUUUAAUUAUUAAAA